CCUUUAGUCCAGUACCAGAUGGAGAUGAUGCGUUCCCUGCGUCACGUCAACAUUGACCAUCUGCAUGUGGGCUGGUACCAGUCCACCUACUAUGGCUCCUUUGUCAGCAGAGCGCUGCUCGACUCCCAGUUCAGCUACCAGCACGCCAUUGAAGAGUCCGUUGUACUGAUCUAUGACCCCAUUAAGACGGCACAAGGCUCCCUGUCCCUCAAGGCCUACAGGCUGACCCCCAAACUCAUGGAGAUCUGCAAAGAGAAGGAUUUCACACCUGAGGCCUUAAAGAAGGCUAACAUUGGCUUCGAGCACAUGUUCGAGGAGGUGCCCAUUAUCAUUAAAAACUCCCACCUCAUCAACGUGCUGAUGUGGGAUCUGGAGGACAAGUCCACGGUUGCAGACAAGCACGAACUGCUCAACCUCUCAAGCAGGUAAGAUAUGAGCUCACGAAUACCAUUUAACCUG